AUGUCCCUAUCCAUCCAUGAAGUAGCAGCCAGCGCCGUCCAAGCCAGAGCCCGCAUCCGCGACCACAUCUACAAGACGCCCCUCCUCCCAGCCCGCAAGACGGGCCACGCCCACAACGCCAAGGUCCUCUUCAAGGCCGAAAACUUCCAGCUCACAGGAUCCUUCAAGCUCCGCGGCGCCACAUCAAAGAUGUCGGUCCAAGCACCCUCGGACCGUCAAAAGCUGAUAACAGCAUCCUCGGGAAAUCACGGUAUCGGCGCCGCGCGGGCCGCCCACACUCUGCAGCGGGACCUGACCGUCGUCCUCCCCGAGAAAGUCUUCCCCGCGAAACUGGAAAAGAUCAAGUCCUAUGGCGUCGAGGUGAUCCUGCACGGCGAAGAGACCGGUCUCGCAGAGCAACACGCUCAGAAACUCGCGGCGUCGGGGGAGUACACGUACAUCUCGCCCUACAACGACCCCCUCAUAGUCGCAGGCCAGGGCACAAUCGGCCUCGAGAUCCUCGAACAGUGCGCGGCGGUCGACAACGUCUUCAUCUCCAUGGGCGGCGGGGGGCUCAUCAGCGGCAUCGGAUCCGUCCUCAAGGCCUUUAGCCCGCGCACCAGGGUCUACGGCGUCGCCGCGACCAACUCGCAGGCCCUCGCCGAGUCGAUGCGCGCGGGAAAGGUCGUCGAGACGGAGCACCUGCCCACGCUGGCCGAGGCCGUGGCGGGUGGAAUGGACCAGGACUCAAUCACCCUCCCGCUGGCGACCGCGGUGGUCGACCAGGUCGUCGAGUGCAGCGAGGAGGAGAUUGCGGAGGCGAUGAGGAAGAUUGCGCUCGACGAGAAUAUGAUUGUCGAAGGGUCUGCUGCCCUGGCGCUCGCUGGUUUCGAAAAGGUCGUGCGGGAUGUUGCUGGUCAGACGAGUAUUAUUUUGCUUUGUGGUGCUAAUGUUGACCAAGGCGUUGUGAAAGAGAUUAUUUAUGACCUAUGA